AUGAACGGCCAUAGCAACGGCGACAUGAACGGUGCAGGAGACAUCAUCACGCAGAACCAGCAGCGCGGCUGGUGGACCAUCGGGCUGAUCAACUCGCGCUACCGGUACCUCACCGCUGAGACCUUCGGCUUCAAGAUCAACGCCAACGGAACCAGCCUCAAGAAGAAGCAGAUAUGGACCUUGGAACCUGCUUCAGGAAAUGCUAACGACAGUAUGAUCUACCUGCGGUCCCACUUGGACAAGUACCUGGCGGUGGACUCGUUCGGUAACGUCACCUGCGAGUCGGAGGAGAAGGAGCCUGGCAGCAAGUUCCACAUCAGUGUGUCAGACGACAACAGCGGGCGCUGGGCGCUGCGCAACGUGGAGCGCGGCUACUUCCUGGGCUCCAGCUCGGACAAGCUCACCUGCACCGCCAAGGUGCCGGGCGACGCAGAGCUCUGGCAUGUACACCUUGCCGCCAGGCCUCAGGUGAACCUGCGUUCAAUCGGUCGCAAGCGUUUCGCUCAUUUGUCGGAGUCUCUGGACGAGAUCCACGUGGACGCCAACGUGCCGUGGGGCGAGGACACGCUGUUCACGCUGGAGUUCAGAGCCGACGAGGGCGGCAAGUACGCGCUGCACACCUGCAACAACAAGUACUUGAGUGCUGGGGGCAAGCUGCAAGAGCAAUGUACGUCGACGUGCCUGUUCAGCGCGGAGUACCACGCAGGAGCCCUAGCGCUCCGCGACGGCUCGGGCGCCUACCUCGCGCCCAUCGGCUCCAAGGCGGUACUGAAGACACGCUCCACCGCCGUCACCAGGGACGAACUGUUCUCGCUGGAGGACAGUCUGCCGCAGGCCGCCUUCGUAGCCGCUCUCAAUGAAAAAUACGUGUCCGUCAAACAAGGAGUGGACGUGACAGCCAACCAGGAUGAGAUCUCGUCGCACGAGACGUUCCAGCUGGAGUUCGACUGGGCCACGCGCCGCUGGUACAUCCGCACCAUGCAGGACCGGUACUGGACCCUCGAGACUGGAGGCGGCAUCCAAGCUUCUGGAGAUAAUAAGUCUUCAAACGCCCUGUUCGAGUUGGAGUGGCAGGGAGACGGCGCCGUGGCGUUCCGCGCCAACAACGGCAAGUACCUCAUGACCAAGCGCUCCGGACACCUGUACGCCAACGCGGACUCCAUCGACGAUAACUGCAAAUACUACUUCUAUCUCAUCAACAGGCCUAUCCUUGUGCUGAAGUGCGAGCAAGGCUUCGUAGGCCCCAAGGGCGUGAGGCUGGAGUGCAACAAGGCCAACUACGAGACCAUACAGGUCAUCCGCGGACCUAAGGGCGCUGUCUACUUCAAAGGACAAAACGGCAAGUACUGGCACGCAGACAGCGAGUCGGUGACAUGUGACGCGGACUCCCCGCAAGGGUUCCACCUCGAGCUGCGCGAGCCCACGCGCCUCGCCAUCCGCGCCGCGCAGGGCGGGGACUACCUCGCCGCCGCCAAGAACGGGAACUUCCGCCUCGCCGGCCCCGACCUCAGCACCGCCACGCACUGGGAGUACUAA